UGACGUUUCAUUGAUGAUUCACAUUUUGCGUUGUCAGAUUUCUACAAUAUUAUUUUUGCAAUUCCGCAAGUGCAUUGUUUCAUUGUGAAUAUAAUUUACUUGGAACCUAAUGUAGAGUAAAGUUAUGAAAAUGCUCGGUAAUUUCGAAAACGUCGGUUCGUUCAUACGUAACUGUAAUGGGACUACAUUAAAAUACGACCAAGCUUGUUUGGAGAUCAAAACAAAUGAAUCAGUUACAUUCUGGAGUCAAUAUGAAGAAUGCGAAGACUGCAUGUUAUUGGAGACUGCAAGAAUACCGACGUCGCGGGCUGUGAUAUUGAAUACCGUAAGCCCGCUCCGAUAUGCGAUUAAAAACGGAAAUGGAGUUAUUUGCAGUGGAACAUAUGAAUUCGGGGAGUAUGGACAGUACAGUAUCAAUGUGAGUGAGGUGACGAAAGACGAAUGCCUGCCGCGUAUGACAGCGGAGCCCGACGCGGCCUACCUACCGAUACUGACCGCGGUGGUGGUGCUGCUCUCGAUGGCGACACUUUGGUACAUUGUCAAGGGUAUCGGCAAGCGUGUGGUAGCUGGAAGGCUGUACAGCAGAUAUUUUGCAAGAGAAGACAACGAGCUGGGAUCGGAAACUCGCGUCCUGACGACCGAAGCGAGCGUGCCUCGUUCGCCGACCCGCUCCCGUUUGCGGUCACUCGAUAUAUUCAGAGGAUUCUCCAUUGCCCUAAUGAUCUUCGUUAACGCUGGCGGUGGUGGCUACAGUGUAUUCUCUCACUCCACAUGGAACGGUCUAACGGUAGCCGAUGUGGUGUUCCCGUGGUUCGCGUUCGCGAUGGGCGAAGCCCUAGUGCUGUCCCUCAAUGCUAGACUGAGGACUUCGAUGCCGAGAAUGACGGCGUUUGGACAGGUGGCGCGGCGCUCGCUGCUGCUGUCGCUGAUCGGCAUCUGCCUGAGCUCGGUGGGCGUGUCGUGGGCGGGCGUGCGGCUGCCGGGCGUGCUGCAGCGCCUCGCCGCCAUGUACCUCGUGGUGGGCGCGCUCGAGUGCGCCUUCAUGCGGACCAGCCAGAACAUCACUCCCGGUCGUUCACUUUUCCGCGACAUCGCGGCAGGCUGGCAACAGUGGCUUGCGACGAUACUGCUCGUUGCUAUUCAGGUAUGCAUAACUCUCUCCGUCGCUGCACCGGGCUGCCCUAAGGGUUACUCUGGACCUGGUGGACUCCAUCGUACCGCUCUGGGAGAUUUCUCCUUGCAGAACUGUACAGCUGGCAUUGCUGGUUAUAUUGACAGAUUAAUCCUCGGUCCGUCUCAUCUUCUUAGCCGUGGUACGUACUCGAAGAUCUACCAGACGGUGGUACCCCACGACCCUGAAGGAAUCUUAGGUAUCCUCUCCGGUAUACUGGUGGUACAGGCUGGAGCUCAUACUACCAGGAUCAUGCUGGCGUACAAUCAUGCCAGAGCUCGUAUAAUGCGCUGGGUGUUCUGGUCGGUGGUGUUCGGCGUGUCCGGCGGAGCUCUGUGCAUGUUCUCCAAGAACGGCGGCGUCAUACCCAUCAACAAGAACCUGUGGUCCGUCUCCUACUGCCUGGUGACGGCGUCCAUGGCGUUCUUCAUCCAGGCCGUGCUCUACUUCCUGGUGGAUCUGAAGACGAAAUGGGGAGGGCGACCGCUCUACUACGCAGGACAAAACGCGCUGUUCCUGUACGUGGGCAGCGAGCUGCUGAAGCGGCACUUCCCGCUGUACGUGCGCGUGGCGGCGCCGGCGCACGCGCAGCUGCUGGCCACGCACGCGGCCGCCAUGCUCAUGUGGCUCGCCGUCGCCGUCGCGCUGCACCGCAAGCGGAUCUUCAUCUCGCUCUAGUGAUGGAGCGAUCGUGCCCGCCGGGCUGACUCAUAUUACCUACUGAUACUGUUCAUGUUAGCGUAGCCGUCGUUCUCGUUACUCUUGACGAAAUAUCGCCCUUAUUAACUUACCAUUAAGUCUCACUUUGUCGUAGCGUCUUUCGAUUAUUAAUCGUUAUUGUUGUUGCAUAGCAACCGGAUUAUUAAUACCUAUAAUAUUCGAUGCAUUCGUUUGCUAUAUUAUUCAUUCGUUCGAUAUAAUCAAUGAGACUUUGCGUCUCGCAUCUAUUCCCAUGUAGUAAGGUUAUUUUUAGCGUAACAUUAUUUGCGACAAAAAGUCUUAGUUUUAUUGGGAUUAACCGUUAUGUAGAAUUUUGACCCUAUCGUUAUUGCUUUAAAGUUCAGUUUAAUGUACCACGUCUUAGAAUUACUUCAUUAAGAAAACGUCUAUCGAUAAAUGAAUGAGUACUAAUAUAUACUAACACGAAUUAUUGUAUCGUUGCGGUCAGACAUCAGUGUACAGGAAAAUAAUCUUUACUACCUUGUAAUAUUGUUGUUAUUAGCAAAUUGCAAAGCAGUUAGUCGUUACUAGGAUCUGACAUAUGGAGACAUCUAGUGGCCUUAAUCUAUUAAUAUAUACAUCAGUCAUAUUACCACUGACUGACACAUUCCGUGAACUCUGAAACUGUACGUUCGACGUACAUUGACAUGAACUUUACCCCAUUUGCGAAGAAAGUAAGUGGGAGGGUUAACUUUGUAUGAAUUUUACAAGGACAACGUCGGGUGGACAAUCAUUAGGAAGUAAUAAUAGGUCGCAAACACUAGUGCAAGGUGUUAGAAAUAUAUAUUAAUCAAAUUAAAAAAGUAGUUUAGUAUGACAUGGAUAAAUUUCUUUCAGCACAGCCAACUUGCCAAAUAUAAUAAGUCAGAUAAAUAUAUAUAUAUAAGAUAAAAUCUUGUCGUGUCAACCCAACAUAUGGUGUGGAAUUUCAUUUGAGAUCAUUAUGGGAGACUGCGUGAAGUCAGGGAAAUUUCUUAGAUUAAAACAAAGUUCUCCAUUACAACAAGCGCCAUAUGUAAGCAAUGUUUUGGCAAUCUCCUUAUUGGUUCAAGAUUUGUUCUUCUUCGGUGAGAUAGCCCUCAACGCGCGGCGCUCCAUUUUUUCGAUGGUUCUGUAAAAAAAAGCUUGGAUAAAGUUUCGAUGUCUCGUAAUUUAUCCGUGUCUAAUUGAAUAUUUUAAUUAUAUUAUGUAAUGUUAUAAAUAUACUAUUACCUUGGCUGUGUCUAUUAAGCUUCCAUAUGUCAGUCAUAUACUAAUUGAUUUCCAUUAAUUCACGGAAAAGCAAUAAUCAGUUAGUGUCUUUAGUAGAAGGCUUAGAGCUAAUAUCACCAUGGUGCUCCAAUCCAGAUUACCCGAAACACGUGUUUGAAUUUUAAAAUCUUAAACACACAACACAUUAUUGCAUAUGAACAUGUUUGAUUUCAAGGAAUGAUAAAUAAAUUUGUAAAUAAAUAAAGAAAUAUUGCAUUAAUACAUUUAACAGCUCUCCAAUGACUUGUAUAUUAUGAUAAGAUACGAAAUUUACAUUUGGUAUAU